AUGGAAACUUUACAAAUGAGCGUGAGAUCAACCACCACAGCUGAUGGUUGUGAUGUUUAUGAAGCUUACGUUAGACCCAAAGAUGUCAAACAUAAAUGGAUACAGACUGAAGACUUCGAACAAGGUAUAGAGAAAUAAUUUUCUCUAAAUUGCGCUCCAACAAGGGCUACGGGUGCUACUACCCCCAUUGCCCAAACAAGGGGGUAGCAGGUUGCCUGCCUUUUUUGCCAAAACUAAUUUCGAAAGUCGUACGUGCGUUAUUCACACGAAAUGAAAUGGAGCACUGUUUUUAAGCAGUUCAGCUCAAAUUUAAAUCUGAAAUUUCUCGUUACUAAGAUUCCAGUUUGAUGCUGAAAUAAAUUCAAAAAGAAAGCCUUCCUGAAUAACUGACAAGAUCUCGUGUUUUUUUUUUACAAUACAUUACAGUCUUUAGCGUCAUGCAACGAAUAACAAUAUUGGCUACAAAUAAUCAAGUACCUGUAUUUAACGAACAUUGCUGCCCACAAAAAUUAGGGCUCUGAUGUCAGUGUCAUUUAUGGCUACCCCCGUCGCUUCGUGUUGCUUCUAACGUCUCAAUACGCCCUAUACUUUUUAUUUUACUCUGUCGACUAACACCAGACAGAGUAAAAUAACUAUAUUUUACUCGUGAAGAGAGAGCUCUGCCGUUCAAUGGGUUAACUGGCCUAUGUAUCUGGUUAACCCAUUGAGUCGCAUUGCGCCCUACUUUAUUAUUUUACUCUGUCUAACGUCAGAUUAUUUUACUCGUGAAGGAGAGACCGCUGGCGCUCAAUGGGUUGAUCUUAAUUUUUUGACAAGUUUUUAAACUCCUUGCGUCACGUCACUAUCAAACAACGAAUAUUUGUCCCACUUGUAUCCCACAUUGCAUUGCGUAUACUUAAUGUUUAGAUGGAUUGAAAAUUGCGAUACGUAAGCACUUUUAGAGCACUGAUAUCUAGAGCAGGGUUGCCAGUUUGGCGUUAAAAGAGCCAAAUUUCUCGAUUUUGGCUUCUUUUGACUUCGUUUGGCUACUAAAAAUUUCGUUUGGCUUCUUUCUAUUUUUUGGCUCUUUUUGGCUUCUUUUUGAAUAAAUACUGAAAUAAGCAACUUUUCAAAAAUAGUCUGCCAUCCAUCAGUAAAAGUUAGUUAUAAACUCUGCUAUGUUCGAUUACAUUAUCCAUUUAUCCGGGAUUCCGGAUGUACGUAAAUAUUCGAUCGGAAUUAGUACCCUCUCCCUGGGUUACGCGGUUCGCCGCGAACGGCGGGAAAACGAAAAUGAUAAAAUACUCGUUUUUUCUUUACUGUUUUUCGGUGUUGAACGCUUGAAUUCGGAAGAUUUACUCUAAAUUUUGAUUUUGGCUUCUUUUGGCCGGAUUUGGCUACUUUUUACGUUGCAUUUGGCUCUUUCGGGCUCAGACCACCUGGCAACCCUGAUCUAGAGUCAUUUUCAGCUGUUAGCUGCCAGAUCCAUAUCCAUCAACACUCAGACGAUAAGUUGAGAACGCUACUUCCCAGUGCUAUAUCUCACAAAUUCAGUCUAAGAAAUAAACGCACUUAUCCUAUGUAUAAGUGCAAAACUGAACGAUAUAAGAACAGUUUUAUCCCAAAGUGUGUUAGAAACUGGGACCGACCAUAGACAUAACAAAAUAUUUUAAAGUACAUAUCAUUAAUAUAGUUUAUAUUAUAGUAGUUUUAAAUUGAACUUUUUGCAAAUUUAAAAAUUUUAAUACUAUCUAUGUAAUAUCACGUUUUUUAAAUUUUUAUUAAUUUACAAUGUGGUAAUUAUUAAAAUCAAUCAAUCAAUCAUAAAUUCAAUUCAAAUUCAAUUCUGUUCAAUAUUGGAAAUCAAUCUUGAGUAUCAGCUUUUAACAUCCCCUUGCUGCAAACAAGCGGACAAGGUAACAUGAUUUAUCACACACUUGUGCCUGUAGCAGGAGGGUAACAGGGUGACAUAAAACGAUAUGUCACUGAUAUUGUUUUUUGUCACUAAUAUCUUUUUUGUCACUGAUAUCGCUUUUUGUCCCGCUAUUCAGGGCUUGGAAUAGCGCCGGGCUGCCAAUGGCCAAAAGCAGGCCAUAUUUUAGAAAUGGCAGGCAAAAACAAAUUUGAACUGCAUCCAAAGUAAAAAAAUUGGCAAGUGAAAGUGUUUAGACUGGCAGGCCAUAUUUUUUCUCUACUUCGAGCCUUGCAACUAUUUCAAUAAUUGUUGCAUUGGGGCAAUGAUUUUAAAACAUUGUAAUAAAUUCUGACCCUGUAGAAAUGGCAGGCAAAAACAAAUUUGAACUACCAAAGUAAAAAAAAAUGGCAGGUGAAAUUUUAUCAGGUUUCACUUCAUUUGCUUACCACAACUCAUAUAUACUUGAUCAUUUAGUUGAAUAAAUAAGUUUAUAUUUGAAAUGUAAAUCCAAGUUUACUGUAGUAAAAUAGACAAGGGUUAAAAGGGGGCAUCAUAGACAUUUGGAGAUAAUAGGGAAUCCAAUGCCAAGCUCGCAGGGAAAGACGGUCACCCCCCACGCGCCCACUUCCUCUGCCUAGCCCGCGACUGCCCGCAAGCCAAACUUAUAAAAAGAAAACAAACUCAAAGAAAGAAAACAAACUACAAAGCCUCUGCGGAGGAGAGUGAUAGCGGGCUGCCAACAAAAGCAGGCCAUAUUUUAGAAAUGGCAGGCAAAAACAAAUUUGAACUGCCAAAGUAAAAAAAAAUGGCAGGUGAAAUUCUAUCAGAUUUUUUUUCUUUCAUUUGCUUACCACAACUCAUAUACUAGAUCAUUUAGUUGGCUAAAUACGUUAGUAUAUUUGAAAUGUAAAUCCAAGUUUACUGUAGUAAAAUAGACAAGUUUAAAAACAACAAAAAUACAUCAUGAAAACAUUGAUUUUUACAAUAUGACUCAUAUGAGACAUCGCCAUUCGGCAGUUCAAUGAAUAAAAAUAGUAGGUAAAAUUUCAUUCAUCUGCCAAAACAUUUUAGACUGGCACGCCAUAUUUUUUCUCUACUUCGAGCCUUGCAGCUAUUUCAAUAAUUGUUGCACUGGGGCAAUGAUUUUAAAACAUUGUAAUAAAUUCUGACCCUGUAUAUAAUAGACAUUGCACGAACGCGGGACAUUUAUGAUACCGUCCUGAAAAGCGAUAAAACUGAUAUCGCCUCGUCCCGAUUAUGAUAACCUAUAUUUAUUUCUCAUCCUUUUAGUAAACAGUAGUCUGAUACACCCAUCGCCAACGUUAAACGGGCAUAACGGGAAUACAGUGAUAGAAAACGGGAAUACAGUGAUAGAAAACGGGAACGCUGUUGAUAACAAUGGUGGAAUAUUGACAUCUGAGGUGAAUCGAGGUGGUGAAUCUGUUGUUACUGAGGGAUACCUGCAGGAUGAUGAACGUGCACUUAUGGCAUCUGGUGUAUAUAUUGGGUUAUGUGAGGGUAAACUGGGAUCCCCGAUGUCUAUGAGGAAUGGAGGAUUCAAUCAGGAUGACGAAGACGUUAAGGAACAAAACGGGUUCCAUGUCGAUACAGUGGAGUAA